AGUAGCUAAGGGUAGAAAGGGGUGUCAGAUCUGCCCUACAGUUAUUCUCUUUGUGACUAAGCAGAGCAGGGGAUACCCACAGGAGAGUGGAGGAGCAGCCUGAUAGAGGAAGCAGUGCAGGGAAAUAGCAGCAAGUUGAGACAGUGUAGACCUUAGAUGCUGAUUGUACGGUUGCUGUGCUGGAACCUAGAGAACACAAUGGCCUAGGUUCCCUUACCAGCCCCUGGGAAGGUGGCACCAUUGAAGGGCACUGAAUUGGAAGAUUGCCUGGGACAGCUAGUACAAAGAGACUCUGGUAUGCAUGCCUCUAGAAAGGGAAAACUACAGUGUUCUGGUGGGCAAAGCUGUGAAAAGGGAACCAUUAAGUCCCAAGAGAGAGACUGAGUGAGGACCCACAGGAAGGGGUGUCAGACUGGCAGAGCUAAUUCCAAGCCCUAGCUACAAGGAGGUGCUCCAGGGGAAUGCUCUUUCCGGUCAACCCUGGAAUGGUGAAUUGUUACACUGCCUCAAGUGUAUUACAAGACAUACUUCCCCCAGUCUCAAGGCACUUCACAAAGAUUAACGUUCGUGUGUCAAGUGUCUCUCAUCUAAUAACUGACCAGCCCUACCUUGCCUUGGUGUCCGAGGUCUGACCAGAUCGCAGCCUUGCCGCAGCAAAAAGAAAGUAGACAGCCAAAAAACGGACGCUCCUUUAGGUCAGACUCAGAGAAGUGGUGUUGAGAAGACGUUUCCUCUCCUGCCCAACCUGUGCUGAAAGCCUAGUCUUGACUGUGGCAUAACAGCCUGCUGAUGUGGAAACGAACAGAUGUCACAACUUUGGUAUUACGGCUGUACUGCAGGAUCCAAUAGGAAAGGAAGCCAAGCUGGGGAAGGUGCAUCCCCUAUGUUAAAUAAGGACGUAGCACUGAAGCCUCAGGAACGUGUGGAAAAGCAUCAGACUCCUCUGGCCAAGAAGAAACGGGAAGCACUUACCAAUGGGCUGUCGUACCAUCCAAAAAAGCACAGACUUAACCAUCACCAGUACAGCUCGGACCGGGAAAAUGACCGCAAUCUUUGCCAACACCUUGGGAAAAGGAAGAAAUUACUGAAGGGGCUCAGACAGCUCAAGCCAGGUCAGAACAGUUGCCGAGACAGUGACAGUGAAAGUGCCAGUGGAGAAUCGAAAGGAUUCCAUCGGAGCAGCUCUCGGGAAAGACUCAGUGACAGCUCAGCGCCUUCCAGCUUGGGAACAGGCUACUUUUGUGACAGUGACAGUGAUCAAGAAGAGAAGAUAUGGCUCACUCUGUUCCCUACCUCUCCGCAUUCAUCGGAAAUAAAAGCAAGGAGGUUCUUCUUGGCAACAGCUCUUCAAAACAGGCUUCUUUUCCCUACGUGGAUACUGGCAUCUGAUGCCAGCUCUGAAAAACUAUUCAACACUGUUACAAAUAAAGGUAGAGAAUCAGGUGUCAGCACGCUAGCUGAAAAUGACAACCAAGAUGCUAGGGGGCCGGCUGUCCCGAAAAUAUCAGGCUUAGAAAGGAGUCAAGAGAAGAGCCAGGACAGCAAUAAAGAACCAAUACUUGAGCCUGUGGUGCCUAAAGACGCUUGUCCUCAGCUUUCUCAGCCUUUGGCCCAACAUCUUUUGGAGCCACGGCCUGAAGCGCCUUCCCCAAGCCCUGCACUGGUUCAGCGAACAGAGGCUCCUGCCCAGCCGCCACAGUCUCAAGCCUCUCAGCGGCUGCAAGGCGCAGAAGAAGCCCAGCGUCCGCCCGCACCUCAGCCUCAAGUACAACGUCCGCCCAGGCCACAGUCCCCUCUGCAGUCUGUCCAUCAAAACCUGCCGCUGGUGCAGCCUCACCCUUCCUCACAAAGUCUCUCUCAGCCUUUGUCAGCGUAUAACAGCAGCAGCUUAAGCCUCAACAGUUUAAGCAGCAGCAGAAGCAGUACUCCGGCCAAGACUCAGGCCCCUCCUCCGCACAUCUCCCACCACCCCUCCGCCUCACCAUUUCCCCUCUCUUUACCCAGCCACAGUCCAUUGCACACCUUCACGCCCACCCUCCAACCUCCUGCUCACCCGCAUCACCCCAAUAUGUUUGCCCCUCCUACGGCUUUGCCUCCUCCACCUCCAUUGACUUCAGGGACACUGCAGGUUGCAGGACAUCCAGCUGGUAGUACUUACUCAGAGCAAGAUCUUCUUCGUCAGGAACUCAACACACGAUUUUUGGCCUCCCAGAGUGCAGAUCGUGGGGCCUCUCUGGGGCCACCGCCCUACCUGAGGACCGAGUUCCACCAGCAUCAGCACCAGCACCAGCACACACACCAACAUACACACCAGCAUACCUUCACGCCUUUCCCCCACGCCAUCCCGCCCACUGCCAUCAUGCCAACGCCAGCACCACCCAUGGUGCGUACCCCAGGCAGAAAUUUUGACAAAUACCCUACAAAAGUUGACCCCUUCUACCGUCACAGUCUGUUUCACUCCUAUCCUCCAGCUGUAUCAGGUAUUCCUCCCAUGAUUCCUCCCACUGGUCCUUUUGGCUCACUACAAGGAGCAUUUCAACCUAAGACUUCCAAUCCUAUUGAUGUCGCAGCCAGACCAGGAACUGUUCCACAUACCCUCCUGCAGAAAGACCCCAGGUUGACAGAUCCAUUCAGGCCAAUGUUGAGGAAACCUGGAAAGUGGUGUGCUAUGCACGUUCAUAUCGCCUGGCAGAUAUACCAUCACCAACAAAAAGUCAAGAAGCAGAUGCAGUCUGAUCCACACAAGCUGGACUUUGGCCUGAAACCUGAGUUUCUGAGCAGGCCACCAGGUCCCAGCCUCUUCGGAGCCAUCCACCACCCCCAUGACUUGGCCCGCCCCUCAACUCUCUUCUCUGCAGCUGGUGCUGCGCAUCCAGCUGGCACCCCUUUUGGCCCUCCACCCCAUCAUAGCAACUUUCUCAACCCAACCGCUCACUUAGAGCCUUUUAACAGACCAGCUACGUUCACCGGUCUCGCUGCAGUGGGUGGGAAUGCCUUCGGGGGACUUGGGAACCCGACAGUUACACCCAACUCAAUGUUCGGCCACAAGGAUGGCCCCAGUAUGCAGAGCUUUAGCAAUCCUCACGAACCCUGGAACCGACUGCACCGAACUCCUCCUUCGUUCCCGACCCCUCCGCCCUGGCUGAAGCCAGGAGAGCUGGAGCGCAGUUCAUCUGCUGCAGCUCAUGACAGAGAUAGAGAUGUAGAUAAACGAGACUCAUCUGUUAGUAAAGAUGACAAAGAAAGGGAGAGUAUUGAGAAAAGACACUCCAGUCAUCCUUCGCCAGCACCUAUCCAUCCAGUGAACUCCCUCGGACAUAACCGCAGCUCAGCUGAGCAGAUCAGGAGCCAUCUCAAUCCUGAGAUUCGAGAGAAAGAGAAACCCAAAGAACGAGAGAGGGAUCACUCUGAAUCUCGGAAGGACAUGAAUGUUGAAGAACACAAGGUGAAGGACAACUACUCUUCAGAGAAAGAAGGCUUGGGCCAUGAAAGCAGGGCAGUGGAAGAGUCUAAGCAAAUGUCCAGGGUACCUUCACCCUUCACUAGGCCCCCUGUUGUGGAGAGCACCAGGCCUAAUAGUACUUCCAACCGUGAGGCUGAAAGGAAGAGUGAGCCUGCAUAUGAUAAUCAGAAGAAAAGUAGCGAAGUCAAAGUGAAGGAGGAACGGAAAGAAGACCAUGAUGUUCCACCUGAGGGACCUCAGACUCAUAGGUCAUCUGACCAGCCACCACCAAUAUCUACAUCCAAUGUCCAUCCAGGUCCCUUAGUGUCUAUGCCUAUGACUGUAGGUGUAACUGGUAUACACCCGAUGAACAGCAUCAGUGGCCUGGACAGGACUCGCAUGAUGACACCUUUUAUGGGAAUAAGCCCAAUCCCAGGUGGAGAACGUUUUCCCUACCCGUCUUUCCACUGGGAUCCGAUGAGGGAUCCUUUGAGAGAUCCUUACAGAGAGCUUGAUAUUCAUCGGAGAGACCCUCUGGGCAGAGACUUUUUGCUAAGAAAUGAUCCCCUUCAUCGUCUUUCCACGCCAAGAUUAUAUGAAGCCGAUAGGUCGUUCAGGGACAGGGAACCUCAUGACUACAAUCACCACCACCACCACCACCACCAUUCUCUGUCCAUGGAUCCUCGACGUGAGCAUGAGAGGGGCAACCACUUGGAUGAGAGGGAACGGUUGCACAUGCUCAGAGAGGACUAUGAACACGCACGCCUGCACUCAGUUCACCCUGCCGCCUUGGAUGGUCACCUGCCUCACCCGAGUUUAAUCACCCCUGGACUUCCCAGCAUGCACUAUCCCAGAGUCAGUCCCCCAACAGGACACCAGAAUGGCAUUCUCAAUAAAACUCCUCCCACAGCAGCUCUCAGCGCCCCUCCUCCUCUUAUUUCCACUCUGGGACCUCGGCCUGGGUCUCCCAGAAGGACUACUCCUCUGUCGACAGAGAUGAGAGAGAGGCCUCCUUCUCACACCCUUAAGGACAUUGAAGCUCGAUGAAGAGAAUAAGAAAUAAGGAGAUACUGAACAUGAUAUAAAGACCUUCUUGCUAUUCAUUGACACAGACUGUGGAUGUGACCCCACUGUACAAAAUGUAUAGACCCAAGCGCAAAGAUUUUGAAAUGGGUGUUUUGUAUAUGCUAUGUUGAAAUUUUCCAGAUCUUUUAGCCAAGUCCAUACGUUCCUUAUGCCUCCUACUCUAUUUUAUUUCUAGUUUAAAAUUUUCAAAAUUUGAGCUGAAGAACAAGACAACAAUCAUCAUAAUUUGGUUAAAAACAAACCAACAACCACCGUACAAAGUUCUUUCAGACCAGAAGUGAAGACAAUUGUAGAUAUCUAUGUAAAAAGAUUGCUUCAUGGGUUAAUGGUUCAUAUAUGCAAAAAGGGUAAGAUGAAAGCUUUACUUUGUACAAAUGUAAAUAGAUAAAAUUAAGUAACAUAAAACAUUAAUACUUCUUAAACUGUGCUAUUUGCAAACUUAAUAUUGAUCAACACAGUUUGCUUAUACUGUGUUACAUAUAUUGUUAUAGACAGCUAAACCCCUUCAACUAUGCAAUGAAUUUUAAGGCUUUUCACAAAAGCCUGUAUAACUCAAAGGAGCCUUUUCAACACACAACCUACUUAAAGUCAUAUUUUCCCUGAACAAGCUCAUCUGUUAUAUAAAUCUGUUUUCCUUGCUUGUUUUGAUGACAAAACGACCCAUUAGAAGUGUAGUUUUCCAUAUGAACCCCGGCAUCAAGUUGCUAAUGUUACCGUAGUACAUGUCAUUUCUUAGGUCUUGUUCAGGUUAGCAAAAUAUAAUCACUGACAACGCAGUAUCUAAUAUGAUGUAUGGUUUUUCAGUCCUAUUAACCUGGGUUAAACAGAGUAACAAUCAAAAUGUGAGAUACUUCCCAGAACUUUUGUCGCUUAAAAUGUCAAGUUUAUUUUUGGAAGAACAUCUGGUUAUAGCUAUUUGAGUCUGUUGUUAUGAUCAGUGUGUCAUUUUUAUCUGUGUACACACUUUUUUUGGGGGGGGGUUAAGUGAUUUUAGCUACACUGAAACAAAUCCUACAAGAAAUCUAAUACUUCUCUAAAAUGAUGGAUGUGUUUUCACUGCGGAUCAGAAGUUUAGUCUGAACUCCAAUGCAGAUUUCAUAAUGCAAUUUACUGUGUUUCAGUUGGUAAUAAAGUCUGUGAAUAGCUAAUAGGUCAGUUUUGUUUUCCCUGAUCACAGGAGAAAUGGCCCUUUAAAAAAAAUGCAUCAAUCUUCUGAAAUUUCUGUCUUUUCGUAACACACUAUUUUAUAAUGCAUUACAUUUCUUGUCUAAAUAUUUGGAGAGAAUAUGACUUUAUCAGAAAGAAUACAGUAUCUUGUCUACUGGACUGUAAAAUAUAUGUAUGAAAUAAAAUUAGUUCCAUUGGUCUUCUAGUGUAUUAAAGUGCUAUCUGAAGUUGUUAUCCUGUUUUGGCAAAAAAAACAAAACAAAAAACAAAAAAAGAAAGAAAAAGAAAAGAAAAAAAAGUCUAACUACAGACAGUUGUUUCUAAUGAUCAGAGAUCUAUUUUAGUAGUCAACUGAAGGUUUAGUUGUGAGCUUCAGAUUUUGUGAACUCCAGAUGUUGUGCAGUGUUUUUUUUAAAGAACAAAAGGGAAAAAAUUAAAAAAAAAACCAAACAAACAAAAAAACAAAAAAAAACCCAACCCAGAAGAAUAUGUACACUGGAACCGUAGUGGUAGCUUUCAGUAUUGUAAAGAGAUUGUUAUAUACAAACCUUUUUGCUGUUUAUCCUGUAUGUAAUAAAAGUCCUUUCUAGAUCCUAUGUGAAAAGAAAAGUGAAGCGGCUCUGAAUCUUCAGCAUGUUUCCUCAUCAGCGAAGACUUGUGUAAUGUAAAUUGUGCCAUGUUAUUAAAAAAUGUGAACUAAACUGC